UUUUAAUCUCACAUACACAUACACACCACACAAAUGUAAUGGUGUGUGUUCAUCUUGAAAUGUCAUUUGUCAUCUGAAGUGUCAUUUGUGAUUUUUCUGUCGUUUUUGUCCCCUUCACCAUGCAUUCUCAGGAAUGUUAGUCACUCCACGCACUUCCAAGGGCCUGUGCAUGAAUCUGCAGAUAAAACAUUGGUGUAUAGGCUUUAUCAUGAUGUCCUUGCUGCCCAAGACUGAGGAGGAUCAGCUCUAAUGAAGUUCCCCCCUGAAAAAAGCCGAGCAGCGGUGAGGAAGAGAGUGAAGAUGUAGCGCUGCCAGAUGAUCCACUUUUCACACCCUCUGGGUGAUAAGUGCAGCAUUACUCUGCAACAUCACUCUAAACCAAUGCCUCAUGAGCAGUGUCACACACUCUGACUUAUGCAUGAAGACAGCAGAGCAGCUCAACAUUCUGUCAACCUUUAAAUGAGACAAAGAGCUUCUUGUUUCUCUAAUUAACAGUUGUAUUCAGGCAUUACCAGCUCCUUUUUCUUUUUAUUCACCGUUUUGACUUGGUUUAUUUUUGUGAUGGUAAUACAGUAAAAUAGCACUCUGUUAUUGUGACUGCAGCUAUUUUUUUUUCCAGACAAACCUUUUUUCAAUUGAAGCACUGAUUUACAUAUGAAAAAUACUUUAUACACUAACACUACCUUUAAAUGAUUCUGGAUAAUGUGAUUAUAUAAUAUGACCUGCGACGAUAACAAAAAUGUCUUUGUUAAUUCCUGGGGCAAACUAGUCCCAGCUUUAACAGCUCUUUGAUAACUGGCAUAGUAAUAACAGAUGAGUAUUUGCCUAUAUUUAACACUGUUCAUAUGUAGAUGUCUCACUGUUUUCUACUGACAGAUACUCACAUUUGAUCAGUAGAUUAAAGAUUUGUAUUUAAUCUGAAAGAAUCUUGCGAACAUGCCUUGAGAAAGUUAAAGAAGUAUUUAUUUUAUAUAGACUUAGUAGAUGGAGGAGUGUGCAGGGACAAAUAAUACUAAAUUAUGAAGAUGGUUAGGAAUAUGUGGCAAGGCUAUGUAAAGAUUAAUAUAAAAAAAAAUUGUAGCAAAAUGUGUGUAUACAGUAUACACACUGUUUUUUCCUUUUAAAUAUACUUUGUUUUUUCUAUUUUGUUUUUCUAGAUUACAUCUAUAUUAAUAUUUUAGUUGUUUUUGUCACACAUUCCUAACCGUUUUGUGCAUGCUGAGAUGUUAUUUUGUUUUUGUUUUGUAUUUUAAGCAUGAUUAUAUGAGUUACUAUAUUCUUACUGCCAGCUUGGUUAAUUUUCCUCUCAUAGAUCUGUUGCCUACUCAGUGUUUUUUUUGUUUUGUGCACCACUCUGUGUAAACUCUCACACAAGAUCAGCAGUUUCUGAAAUAUGUAUCAAACCCAUCAAAGUCACAGAGAUCACACUGUUUCUCCAUUCUGAUGUGAACCUGUGCUGUUGAUGUCCGCCUGUAUCUGCAUGAUUUUUUUCCCAUUGUGCUUCUUGUGACACGUAUAUAUACUGCUUUUCCCACCACUCCAGGGUCCCUGGUUUGAUCACUGGGUUGCUGCCUGUGUACUAUUUAUGUGCAUGUUCUCCCUGUGUCCAUAUGGGUUUCCUUCCACCUUCCAAAAACAUGCCAGUAUCAAUGCAGAUUUGCCCCUAGGUGUUAAAUGUGUGCAAGGUACCCUGCAAAGGAUUGGUGUCCAAUCCAGAGUGUAUUCACACUUCACAACUAGAUCCACUGUGGCCCUGACCAGGACAGUGAAGAUGAAUGAAUUAAAAUUGUCUCAUUCUGUGCAAUGGUACUUGCCUUCAAUUAACUAUUCAUACUGACACGAUUUAUCAGUUUUCCAGCCUAUAUAAAUAAGCUAAAUUAUGGAUUUGUCAUUCUUUUAUAUGGGUAUUUGAGAUGAACAGCUUCCAUUGCCAUUGUCAUAGUUAAGUGCUAUGAAGAUUAUUUUUUCCAUAAUCUUGCAAUUUUAUUUCCACCUGUAUGUAAGGAAUGUUGACCCCAUUGUGUUUGUGUACAAUUGUGACUGGAUAUAUGAGAAGGCACUAGGACCCUGUGAGGAGUGCCUCGCGCCUGCUUGCCUGCCUGCCUGCAUCCCUCUCCUCUACACACUGAUCUGCAAUUACCCUGUGUGUGUGUGUGUGUGUGUGUGUGUGAGUGUGUGUGUGUGUGUUGAGAGAGAGAGAGAGAGAGAGAGAGAGAGAGAGAGAAAGAACACAUGUUUAUGCGUGGAUGUGUGUGUAUGAUAGAGGGGAUGUGUGAGAGUGUGUAUGCGAGUGUGUGUGCUAAAGGCAGAUUUCUAAGCAGAGAAGAUUUCGUCGGCACCUCUUUCCACUCAUCGGCUCAAGCAGCAACCUGACCACCUGGACCGCUUGCCUGCCUGGAGCACAGCUUAGCGGAGGAAACAUCUCGGCGAUCGGCAGAAUGGAAUGCAUCAGGAGCGUGGAAGAAGAACCUCUCUCUUGGACCUGCACUCCAUAGCAACCUCCUGGAAGCUGGGGUAUGUUCCCAAUCCUGUCUCUCGCAUCAGCUCUGCCUCCCCCGUUUCCAGCCACAUGGGCCGAAUCUGCACGCAUCUGAACUCACCUGGUCUCCAGUGCUCCUCCUGUGAAGGCAAGGUAAAGCAUAUCCAGUUAGAAGAUACUGGACAUUGAUUAGGAUGAAGUCUCUGCCAACAUGGAGGCAGACCUAAAACGAUGCUUGAAAAUGAGGUAACCAGGUGUACCAAGACAAAUCUAUGGGAUUGUUCAAACUCUAAGCUAAAUAUUGCGCUUAAGCUCCAUCAUCAUGUCAUUAUACUAAUAACACAGACUCUGUUAAGCCCUCUACUUGGGCUUGUCUCAGGUAAAGGAGGAUGGGUGAUAGGCCCAUGAAUGUAAUUUUUGACCAAACUCCUCAUCCCAUCCUCACAUGGAUCCUUCUGCCUCCCUCCACAUGCCGAGGAACCUCACAAGCCACGGUCAGCUCAGUAGUGGGUGGGCCAAUGGCUCAGGAGUGUCUCUAACCAAUGAUGGAACUCUCUUCCACAUGCUGGCCCUUUGCACCAUGGUCUUGAUGGACAUCCUGGCUGUGGUAGGCAACCUGACCAUAAUGGCAGUCAUUGCCAGGGCACCGCGCCUGCACAAGUUCAUCUUCGUCUUCCACCUAUGUCUGGUGGACCUUUUGGCUGCUCUAGUGUUAAUGCCUUUGGGGAUGUUGACAGAGCAGGCAUUCUUUAAUGAAACUGUGUGUCAGGCAUAUUUGUGCUUGAGUGUUGGCCUUAUCAGUGCCACCAUCCUCACCAUCUCAGCCAUCAACGUGGAGCGGUACUACUACAUUGUGCACCCAAUGCGCUAUGAGGUUAAAAUGACCAUUGGCCUGGUAGUUUCUGUUCUGGUGGGCAUAUGGAUCAAAGCAACACUGAUGGCUGCUCUUCCCUUGCUGGGAUGGACACUGCAGAGGGAGGAGGAAGUGCAGUCCAACCUGGUGUUGGAACCUAGAUGCUGCUCUUUGCAUUCAAUGAAUAGGGGGCCCCAUCGCUUGGUUUUUAUGCUCCUUUUUGCACUCAUAUACUUCCUCUGUCCGGUAUUUAUCAUUCUUGUGGUUUACUGUAACAUGUUCAAGGUAGCCAGAGUAGCGGCUAUGCAACCAGGUCCCGUGCCUACAUGGGUGGAGACUCCACGGCCUCGUUCAGACUCUUUAAGCAGUCGUUCCAGCACAGCAGCAAGCCUCGCGACAACUCGCAACACGCCGCAGAGAACGUUUGGUGGUGGAAAGGCAGCAGUUGUACUGGUGGCUGUUGGGGGUCAGUUCCUAGGCUGCUGGCUCCCCUAUUUCUCUUUUCACCUCUACUCGGCCAUUGUCGCCUCUUCUCCUGCCUCGCUGGCUCAAAUAGAAGAUGUGGUCACUUGGAUAGGUUACUUCUGCUUCACCUCCAAUCCCAUUUUCUAUGGCUGUCUGAACCGGCAAAUCCGUGAGGAGUUGGCGAGAAACGUGGCAUGGGUCUUUAAGUGGGGGAGGCCACGUGAUGAGGAAGAGCAGUUGCCCAGCAGAGAGGCUUCUAUCGAAGAGAACUUCCUCCAGUUCCUCCAGGGCACUGGUUGUAACCUGGGGCCCAGGAACUCACAAAGCAUCUCCGUCCCCCAGAAGGAUGAUGAGGACUCCCUCUCUGCUCAUCGCAGGCCUUCGGUCGACUUCCACAUCCCUGGACAGAUCAUGGAAGAGACAUCCGAAUUCAUUGAUCAGCAGCAGCUGAAUGAUCUCAAUAUAACAGGCAACUGUUUCAAAACAAUGUCUGAGCUGCAGGGUUAAUAUUUACAGAAUAUUUAUGGAAUAUAUGUCUUUUAUUGUUAGAAUGAUUAUUGUGCGUUCUUUUUGAUAACCUGCCUGAUACUUUGUAUUUGGAGAUAAGGCUAAAUGUUGGAUUUUUCUGAAUUCAAUUUUAUGGAACGCAUUCUGGUAGAACUCAUAUUAUAUACAACAGUUGCUCUGCGUGGGAUUGACAAGAAAUGAUCUCAUCACUGCAACUAGUUACUAAUCCUUUAUUUUUUCACUCCACAAUUAUGAGAUUAUGAGAGGUUGCCUGUUACAGGAACAAGCCAUUGCUUAAUUAGGCCUACUACUUGGCAUCAGGAGUGUGAAUAGAACCACUUGAAUAUCAAAGGUGGCUUGAUGUCUCUGUUACAUUGUAAUGCAGGUUUACAGUUUCUACAUGUACGAACAUGUGUAAAAUUAUGGUGUCCUAGAAAGUUCCAGAUUCUGAAGUUUAUGCAACUAUGGCAUAAAUGCAACUUGAUCCAAUGGAGGAAAAUAAGUAGAGUUCAGGUCUUUGGCUACAUAAAUAGAGACACAUUUUGUAACUAGAUAAAAAAAACAAGCAUUGCCCUAGAAGUCACACACUUUCUACACCUUGUGACAGGACAAGCACAGUAACCGCCGGGCUUUGAGCGUUAUAAAGCACCUGAUUAUCUGAAUAGUGGAAACAUCAGAUAACUGGGUCAAAUAGGGUUAGCUGGGAACACGGGUCACUAUAAAUGUGCUCUAAGAUAAUAUUUAGCUUUAUAAAAACAGGUCUAAAAAAGGCCUUUCAGCCCACUUUUCUAGUCAGUUUCUCACAUUGGAAAACAAGUUGCAGGUCUUAAUGAUCAAAGAUGGCCAUUUUGUUUAAACAGCAGUCAGGUAUAAUGUGUCACACUGGUUAGCUUCUCACUUUAAGGAGUACUGUGCUCUGAAGAAAAACAGAUCACAUGAGUAUUUGACUUGUGAUGUGUGCAGCCAUCAGCUUUCAAGAAAAAAAAAUCCUGCUGUUGAAGAAUAAAAUGCCAAUGGUCUUAUAAGGUGAGCAGUAUUGUAGCUUGGGUUUACUAGAGGGGUAGGGGUUCUUUUGAUUUUUAAAUAGACACUGCCAAUGUCCUGUUAUUUAAGGGUACAUCCAACUCUGAGCCCUGCAGUACAGAACUGUUGAAUUAGGAGUAUCAACUUGUUGUGGCUUCAGUACACAAUAAAGGCAAUACUUACACAAGA